AUGAAACCCUCCUCCGUCCUGCUCCUCCUCCAGCUCUGCUGCCUCCAGGUGGCGGUCCUGGUCUCCAGGUCCACCUGCCGGCUCCCGGAGACCCUGGUCCAGGAGACCCACCACCGGCUCCGAGACCUGGGGGGGUCCAUCCCGAACCACUGCAAGACCCAGACGGACCAGAUCCACUUCCCCGAGUCCAUCCUCUCACAUGGCGCCCGCCGUCUCCCUCAGUGCCGCUGGACCUCCAUGCUGGUGUACGGGGCCCUGCAGGGGGCCCAGCUGGUCUUCGACGACUACGUGGUACCUGAGGGGGAAGGGGGCGUCUCCUGGGACUCCCAGAACCUGGACCUGUACCAGAACGUCCAGUACCGGCUGGUGGAGGACCACCCCUGUCUGAACAACACCGAGGCAUCGGCCGCUUUAGCGCCGUACUUCAGCAACGUGACGGCGCUGAUCGCACAGCAGGACAGCGCAGCCUGUGGCUGGCAGGUUCUGAGGACUGAUCUGCUCUGGGUCCUAAAGUCCACCCUCCACAACCGCAGGGAGUGCUUCAACCGGACCAAGGCCCAGUAG